GUAUUAUGCACGCAAGAUAGCCUUGCUUCUCUCGUCAAUGAAAAAUUGGAAUCUCUACCACACGCCCGACUACGACACAGCAUCAUCAACCUAGAAAACAAUGUCGUCGACCGCCACACCCACUGAGACCGCGACGUCGGCCGCAGCCAGUGCCACGGGCUGCGGCGUGUACCUGUACGAAAUUCCCGUUCAGGAUGCUGCGUGUGCACUGCCGUACGGGGGAAAUCAUACAGAUAUCAUGGCCGACUGCUGCAAAUCAGCCGACGUUGUCGUCUACGAGAAUAAUUGUGGCCUCUACUGCCUCGCGAUAGGCCAGAAUGUCACUGGCCUUGCGGAUUGCAUGAAGAGCGACGGCGCCGCCCCUCAAGACGUCUUUUGUAGCGGCACAGGCAACGCGACUGCUACUGCGACGGCCAGUGACACGCUUGCGAGUGGUGCGAGCGUGGUCGUCACCGCGAGCGUCAGCAAGAGCACCGGAGGGAGCUCCGCGAGUGGGAGCGCAUCGUCCUCGUCAUCGACAAGCAGCUCUAAUGCCGCGCCUGGGACCGGCCCCUCCGGCUUGGGCCUGACCUUGAGCGGUGUCACUGUUUCGGCGCUCUUGUUCACUUCGGUGCUGUUUGGUGCCCUUCAGAUCUAAUUAGGUGAAGGGAAUGGGUACUUGAAUACUGUGGGGUACAUUGGUUAAUGGAGGAACCACAGGCCCUGGUACUCCUUAUCCCACAACCAGGCCGCUUUGAGCACGAGACACUCCGCCGAGCAUAUCAAAGGCUUUAACCCGAAAAAGUCAUACGCGAGAUCGAAAUUUGGACAUCAACCUGACUGGACGAGAAAGAAAAAAACACAGACAUGUUACAUUUGAAUUUGCUGCAUAAUAGUAAUGCAGCUGGCAUGGACGAAGUACGCAGUUGGUUUGAAUAAUCAAGAUUCAGAAUAUCAUUUUAAUGCGAGGACGCUUCGGAAGUCAAUGGUUGCCCUCUCGCACUUCUCUAGUCUGCGUUGGCCUGAUGGUUUUCACUGCUUGUCAAAGUCUGGAUAAUGAGUGUGUGGACAAUCGGCCAUAUCGUUGGUUAUAAUAUAAGUAAACGGAUGGGUGCGCAUAUUGUUGAGGAUUCACUUGGUGAUUGCCAAUCUGCCAGAUCGCCAAAGUUGUUUAUUAGCAAUAAAAUUCAAG